AUGGGUAGCUUACCUGAUCUGCAUAUCGUUAUUAUCGGUGGAGGAAUCGCAGGACUUGCGACAGCCUGUGCCCUAAGACACCCAAACAGACGCAUUACAGUGCUCGAGCGCUCUCGCCUUUUACGUGAAGUCGGCGCUCUAAUCUCCCUUCAACCCAACGCCAGCAAGAUUAUCACAAAAUGGAAACUUGAUCCGUUUCUUGAGAGCGCUGAGCCUCAGAUUGACCAAGGUUUCAGAAUCUUUGACGCUGAUGGUAACUUGGUGAGAGAGCUACCUUUCCAGAAAGGACAGUUCGGCGCAGACCGUGUUCUUUACCAUAGGCAAGACUUGCAGUCUUCUCUUGGUACUGCAGCAGCCAGCGAGCUUGCUCAAGGAAAGCCUGUGGAUAUUCGAACUGGUUGUCAAGUAGCCAGCGUCGAUUGCGACGAAGGAGUCGUGACACUUGACUCUGGCGAAGAAGUCCACGGAGAUGUCAUCAUUGGAGCAGAUGGUAUCCACAGCGUUGUGAGAACGGCUGUGGUGGGAGAGAAGAAAGAAGCUCUACCAACCGGUACAUCAGCAUAUCGGAUGCUUAUCCCCUUUGAGAACCUCAAGGACAUCUCUCUUCCUGAGAAGAUUUUGGAUCCCGCUGACCCCAAGACGACCAUGAUCAUGGGCCACGACAGAAGAAUAAUCAUGGGCCCUGGAAGAGGAAGCAAACUCUACGGAAUUGUUGCUUUAGUGCCAGACGAGAAGCUCUCAGAAGAGAGUUCAGACAGCUGGGUAGCCCCUGGUAGUAUUGAGAAGCUCUUAGAAGCAUACUCAGACUUCCCAUCAUGGCUACACGACAUCUUCAAGGCGGCGCCUGAUAUCGGACUCUGGCAGCUACGAGAUAUCGACCCCUUGUCAAAUUGGGUCAAGGGACGAACUAUCUUGAUCGGCGACGCGGCACAUGCUAUGUUACCCACACAGGGACAGGGUGCUUCACAGAGUAUUGAAGAUGCAGAGGCUAUCAGUGCAUUCCUUUCUGAGGUUCACUCCCGAGAUCAAGUUGGCGAGGCUUUGAAGAGGGCGUUCGCUGCAAGGUAUGAUAGGGCAACUUUGAUCCAGAAGUUUAGUAGAGAGCAGGCGAAGCCGGCAACAGAUGGAGUGAGUAAGGAGAUCAAACUGGAUCCUGCUCAGUUUAUGAAGUACAACAGCGACUAUGAUGGUGCCAUUGAUUGGGAGGAACGUCAGAAGAACGGAACAGCUAAGCCAUGA